AUGACGGCUGCACGCAAUGGUCGGCGCUUGUUGCGAGGAACCCGACGCAGCCUUCGGAAUGGCUUUGCUGGGCGCAACCAAGCGCAGCUUAUUCGGCAAUUGAUUCGAAAUGUCGCUCGCCGUCCGGGCACUGACUUGGCCAGCUCUGUAUGGGAGCUCAGUGAUUAUGAAUAUCAGGUUGUUUUGCAAGACUUUGGACAGUUCUUGGAACAGCGGUUGGAUCAGGUGGGACCCAACGCGGUGGUUCCUGGAGGCGAGGAGGGACGCAACCAGGGCGAGCAGCCCUAG